CGUUUUAUUAUCAUUUUACUUUAUUAAUUAAUUGUGGACUCUUUAAUAAAUGAACACGCGUAAACGAAGAUAUUUUCGUAUUUGAGAAUUAUAUGAUUUUAUUAUUUCUUGCUCUUAAAUCGCAGGCGCGCUGGACAAUGCCCAGCUAUGCAGACAGUAUUAUUACUCGCUUUUAUUCUAAAUGUAUAUAUUUAUAGGCUUUUAAAAAACAUACGGUUUGUUCUAAAAGUGCCUUGAUCUGAGACGCAUCCGUCUUGCACGCCCCGUGUGAGAAAGGCUGAAGCGAAUCAAUCUGCUGAUAUAACCACGCUAUUUUAUCUGAUUGCAAGAUCUGUGGAAUUUUGUAUAAUGCCAAAAUUAUGACCAGCGUACAUAGAAAUCCAAGACAAACCCCAUUCGGUACAAGCAGAUUGACUUUACAACUUUUCAGUGUAUUAUAUAUUUUUUCCAUCGUAGACUAAAUUCUAGUUGAUUACUGAUUGCCAUUGACGCUAUUUUCAGCUUUGCUGGUAUGCUGUUUCAUACUUUCAAAUUCAAAAUACGCAGCUUCACUUGAGUGUUACAGUUGUUCCAAUAUUGAGGAUGUAAACAACUGUUCCCGCACUGUUCAGUGCAGCGCCGGUCACUCAUGUUACAAAGACACAAGGACUAAUGGACAGUCUCGGAUUUAUACACUAGGAUGCAUAGACAAGCAUUUAUUACAGCAAUGCAGUACGCAUGGGAGUGGUGCCUCCGAACUAAUGGGUCGAGAUUUACAGGAACGUGAAACAGACAACUGUCAUGAAUGUUGCAGCACGGACAAUUGCAAUAAACCUCUCUGCAAUCACCCCAAACCUACUACAUGCAUAGAUGACGUUAAAGUCGACUGCGCUUUCAUGAACACGGUGGCAAAUAUAUGUGAAGACAUCCAGCAUGCAAAAUCAAUUUGUCCUCGAUUUUGCGACCUCUGCACUCUGGUUGACGGAAUGUGGUCUGAAUGGACAGCAUGGUCCACGUGUGACGUAACGUGCGAAAAUGGAACACAGACACGGACUCGAACAUGUACAAAUCCUCCGCCAGCUAACGGGGGGUUAAAUUGUUCUGGCAGCGCAACAGAUAUGAAAGCAUGUCACAAACAACUUUGUCCCGUGCAUGGCGGGUGGACAAAGUGGUCUGACUGGGAGACAUGCUCUGUCAGCUGUGAUACUGGAAUACAGAAACGUCAUCGUAACUGUACAAAUCCUUAUCCUUCAAGGUUUGGGGAUCAUUGCUUCGGGGACCCGGUGGAUGACAGGCUAUGUAUGCCAGGACCAUGUGCAAACGGUGGAUGGUCUCAAUGGGGUACAUGGAACAGCUGUAGUGUGUCAUGUGGCGGAGGAGUACGUUCCCAGACAAGGACGUGCAAGUAUCCCAGUCCUUCCUUAAAUGGCAAAUAUUGUGAUGGCAAAAACAUGCAAAUUGCAUCUUGCAACAACAAUUCUUGCAUUCCAGAUAUUGUCUUUAAUGCAUACAAUGUGACAGACACAGGUCCUGAUAUUGGUCAGACCAUGAUAUUCAGCAAUAUUGUCGUUAAUGAAGGAGGAGCUUACGAUGUUUCUACAGGAGAAUUCACAGCACCAGUGGAUGGAACUUAUUCUUUCAGUGCACAGUUAUGUAUUUUGAAUGGAAAACAUUUGUUUUUUGACAUUAAGGUUGGAGGUAGAACAUAUGCCUCUAAAUUUGGAUACAAUGCCGACUCAUAUAUAUGCCCUUUGCUUCAAACUGCUGCUAGAGUAACAAAACAUGAAAAGGUAAUUGUACAAUGGACGACUACAUCAUACAGUGGCUAUAAUUAUAUCGUUCAGGGUCCUUACUUGAGGAAUUUCUUUUCAGGCAUGUUAAUACACUUGUAAAUAUGUAUGCAUGGUGAAACUAAAUUCUAACCCUAAUGUGGUCUCAGACAAUAUAUGAAAAUUAUAAAUUUCAACUUCAUUGAAUACCGGUACAUCCAUACAUUAAACAAAACAUAUACGUAUAAAGUUCAAGUCGUUGUUAAGGACAACCUUCGAGAAAAGACCGGGACAAUAUAUGUAAAAUCUGCUUGUAUGACAAUAUUUUCUUUCCCUUUUAAUCAUAAACAGUAUAAAUUCAUCUAUUUUGAGAGACCACCUGGGUCAUGUCAACAAAAACAAUUUCUUUUGAAUUGUAACAUGUAAGACUUUA